AUGAAGAUGCAAACUCAGACCUCGAACCUGAUCCUAAAUCAGGAUCCUACCAAGACGACCUCGAACUUGACUCAGACGAAGACCCCGAACUCGAAUAAGACGACUUCCUUGAACUCGAAUCAGACGACGAUUACCUAUGAAGCUUUCGCUGCACAUAUCGGCAUAAAGUUAGAUGGCACCAACUAUGCCCUAUGGUCUCAAGUUGUUGAGAUGUAUAUCUCCAACAAAGACAAAUUGGGAUAUAUUAAUGGCGAUCUUCCACAACCUCCUUCGACCACUCCAAUGUUUCUCGCUAUUGCACCGAGAACUCCAUUGUGA